UUCAUCCACCUCCAUCAGCUGAUCCCUGCUAAAAUAUUAAUUAAUUAAAUAAAAACAAAUUGAUAGCAUAACAAACAUUAAAUAAUUAUUUUAUUGUUCUGAAUGUUAAAUUUCAGUCUUGCAGUGUGUGAACUAUUGUAAAAUGGCAGACAUAAAAUCUUUGGAACAUCCUACGUUGAAAGUCCCCUACGAAAUUUUGAAUAAGAAAUUUCGUAUGGCUCAAAAAACUUUGGACAGAGAAGUUUCGCACGUCCAGCAAAGUGUAGCUCAAGCAGAAAAAUGUCUGAUGAAAAAUGAAGUUAAAGCGAGCCAAAUCACUAAGCAUUUAGAUAGCAUGGUAGAGAAGCUUCAAGUUUUAAAGCGCAAAGCUGAAGAAAGCAUUGGGGAAGAAAUAAAUGCUACUAAUGUUUGCAAGAGGCGUGUGGCCCAUCUUAAGGACCAAUCUACACUUACAGGAGGUGCUUUAACCAAUUGGCGCAGAAAAAGAUUGGACAGGAUGGUUGUCGAAUACUCUUUGCGCAACGGAUUUUAUCAGUCAGCACUUUUACUAGCCGAACGGAGCGAGAUAAAAGAUUUCACAAAUAUCGACAUUUUUUUAAACUCAAGCGAAGUGGAAAAAUCCUUAACGAAUCAUGAAACACAAAAAUGCAUUUCGUGGUGCCACGAAAACAAAUCGAAACUUAGAAAGCUAAAGUCCACAAUGGAGUUUAACUUGAGAGUGCAAGAAUUUGUUGAAUUGAUUAGGAAGGAUUGUAGAGUUGAGGCUGUUAAGCAUGCCCGCAAACAUUUUCCUGGGUUUGAGGAGGAACAUUUACCAAAGAUACAGAGAGUUAUGGCAUUAUUGGUUUUCCCAAUCAAUACACAACUAUUACCAUAUGCAACAUAUUUUGAUAUAUCAAGGUGGACAGAUCUAAUUGAACAAUUCCGUCAAGAGAAUUAUAGAUUGUUCCAGCUGGCUUCUCAAUCUGGAUUUACAGUGUCUCUCGAAGCAGGCCUGUCAGCUUUGAAAACACCCCAGUGCUACUCUGAACACAAAGAGUCCAAAAACCCUGCCUGUCCAGUUUGCAAUGAAGAUUUCAAUAAGCUAGCUGAAGAACUUCCGUUUGCUCAUUGUUCCCAAUCUGGGUUGUAUUGCUAUUUGACAGGUUUACCAUUGAAUGAAAAUAAUCAGCCAAUGAUGUUGCCCAAUGGGUAUGUUUAUGGGGAACAGGCUUUAGCUCUUAUGGCCAAAGAGAAUGACGGCCAGGUGAAAUGUCCCAAAACCAAAGAAGUUUUUCCUUAUAAAAAGGCGGAAAAAGUAUUUGUGAUGUAAUAUAAAUAUUUAUUAAUAUUGGUACACUUUUAUCAAUAGUAUAUAAUUUAAUCUUUAUCUUUUCUUACUUAUUUUAUAUUUUCAAAUAGCAUAAGAAUUAAUUAUUAUUGUUUGCCUUUAUUAUUGUACCCAUUUAUCUUAUGUUAUUGAUAUUAUGAAGUUAAUAAAAUUGCAA